GCGAGCCUCGCGCGCUCGAGGGGGUCCGGCAGCGGGAACGAGCCUCAGGCGGGGGCGCGCAGCGGAAGCGGCGCUGUUUGAGGCGGGUCGUCCCUGACAGACGGCGGAGGGAGCGCGGUUUUCUAGCAGCCUUUAGGUAGAACGUGUCGGAGCAGUACUGUUGGCCGGAGCAGUUGACACCAUGAAUGGAACCUCGGUGGUUUCCACAUCUGUCCAGACCAUCUCCAUUAAGGAAGAGGCUGAUCUAUGGAGUAAAGAUGACGUCCAAUGUUUGUUGGAUCGGAUAAAGAGCCUGAUCCCAGAAGGAGACUGCAUGAAGUACAAAACUACAGAAUCCCAUUUCAACUGGGAGAAAGUGGCAUUUGGACCCUUCACUGGGGAAAUGUGUCGGCUCAAGUGGCUGAAACUGGCCUCUGAGAUCAGAAAAUAUCGCACUCUGAGUGAGCUGCUCACAGACGCUGUGGAGUUUGUGAAAAAUCCAUACAAGGGCAAGAAGCUGAAGACUCAUCCGGAUUUUCCAAAGAAACCAUUGACUCCAUACUUUCGGUUCUUCAUGGAAAAAAGAGCCAAAUAUGCCAAGAUUCAUCCAGAAAUGAGUAACCUGGACCUGACAAAAAUUCUUUCCAAGAAGUACAAGGAGUUGCCAGAGAAAAAGAAGCUCAAGUACAUUCAGGACUUCCAGCAGGAAAAAGGGAAUUUUGGGCAGGCAAUGGCCAAAUUCAGGGAUGAACAUCCUGAUCUCAUUGAAGAACAGAGAAAAUCAGAUAUUCCUGAAAAGCCAAAGACACCCCAGCAGUUAUGGUAUAAUCAUGAGAAAAAGGCAUUCCUGAAAGCUCACCCUGAGGUGAGCCCAAAGGAGCUAAAGGAUGCCCUUCGCAGACAGUGGUCACAGCUAUCUGAUAAAAAGAGGCUGAAGUGGAUCAGCAAAGCCCUGGAGCUGCAGAAAGAGUACGAGGCAUCAAUGAGGGUUUACGUGGAAGCUCACCCAGAACUGAACUUUGAAGAGCCUGUCAAGUCGAUUCUAACCAAAGCUGAGAGACAGCUGAAAGAUAAAUUUGAUGGACGUCCUACAAAGCCACCACCGAAUGGGUACUCGUUGUACUGUGCAGAACUGAUGGUUAACAUGAAAGAUGUUCCCAGCACUGAGCGUAUGGUGCUAUGCAGCAAGCAGUGGAAGGUCAUGUCACAGAAAGAGAAGGAUACUUACCAGAAACGCUGUGAACAGAAAAAAAAGCUUUACGAGACAGAGAUGCAGCGAUUUCUUGAAAGUCUCCCAGAUGAAGAGCGGGAGAGGGUGUUACAGGAGGAGAAGAUUGGAGGCAGCAAAAUAACAAGCAAUGUAACAACAAACGCACAGAAUAAUGGCCCUCAGCGAACAAAACCUGGCAGCCCCACUUCACCAGCCUCACCAACCAGCAAGAGUGUUCCUGAGCGUCCACAGCAGCCCAUCUCUGCCAUGUUCCUUUUCUUCCAAGAGAAACGAAAGGACAAUCCCAAUCUAACAGAGAGCGAGCUUACUCGGCAGCUGGCCAGGAUGUGGAAUGAGUUGUCAGAGAGAAAGAGGGAGAAGUACAAGAGGAUGGAAAGAACCUUGAAAGCAGAAUACGAGCAAAGGAUGCAGAACUUCCUGAAAGAGAAGAAGGAAGCUGGGUCUACAAGGAAAGGAAAGUGGCCUGAGAGCCCCAAAACUGCUGAGAAGAUCUGGGAGCAGACAGUGAUCAAUGAUUACACAGCAAAGCACCGGAAUGACCGCAAACAAGCUCAAUCAGCAAUGGAGGCUGCUUGGAAGGCAAUGGAAAAGAAGGAGAAGAUUCCUUGGAUUAAGAAAGCCGCAGAUGACCAGAGGAGAUAUGAGAGGGAGCUGUCAGAGAGUCGAUGGGCCCGGGUCUCAGCACAGAACUCCAAGAAGCUGAAGUUUGUUGGCGAACCAAAGAAACCACCAAUGAGUGGCUACCAGAUGUUCUCCCAGGAGUUGCUGACUAGUGGGGAGCUAAACCACUUUGGGUUGAAAGAAAGAAUGGUGGAGAUUGGAAAGAGGUGGCAGAAGCAGAGCCAGGCCCAGAAGGAUGGCUACAAGAAACUUGUAGAAGAGCAACAGCAGGAAUACAGAGUGGAGCUGGAGGCCUGGCUUAAAUCUCUAUCACCUGAAGAACGGAGUGUGUAUGAGGAAUAUACGACAGCAAAGCGAAAAGGCCAGGGAAAGCCAGGGGGCCCUGCAGCCAAAGCAAGAAUGACAUCGAACCUCACAUCGGAAUCAUCUGAAGAGGAUGGUGAAGAUGAGGAUGAUGAUGAUGAAGAUCCCGAGGGGAGCGAUUCAUCUGAUUCUGAUGAUGAUGGUGAUGGCUCCUCAGCCUCAUCUGAUAGCGAAGCAAACACUGAUGAGGGUGAGGAUGGAGAGAAUGACGACGAUGAUGACGACAACGACGACGAUGAUGAUGAUGAUGAUGACGACGACGAUGAUGACGACGACGACGACGAUGGGAGCCAGGUCAAUGCCAGCUCCUCCUCGUCCUCUUCCUCCUCACAAGAUGAUGAUUCUGAUUCUGAUUCUGAUUCUGACUGACUCCCCUUCCCUAUCUCCUGAGGCCAGCCAUUGUGGAGUGUUGCUGGAAGGAUUAAGAGAACUCCUUAACCUGGAGUCCAGUUACUUUAUCAUUAUGGAGGGUGGGGGGAGCUGAAUGAAUGACAGUAUUUGGGCAGGCCGUUGCCCUGUACUCACUGCCACAUAGACUGCACCAGUGUUCUCUCCCAGUCAGAGAGACAGCUCUCCAUGAUCCACCGCCUUAUCCCUGCAGUCACUCUAGAUCAGCUUGUCUGCUCCAGCACCAGCUGUCUUGAUCUGCUGUAAAUAAACUUGUUUGUUGAUGUGAUCAUCAAUGCAGUAUUUUAUAUUUAGAAGUAGAAAGUGACCAGUCAAAGUGGUAUAGUUUUAAUAGGUUCAUUUUAAUCUCUAAUCAAUCACUGAAGUUUCUGGAUUUCUGUUUCUGCUAUUUGUGAUAUUCCUUGGUUACUGGACCAUCUUGAAACGAGUUACUGCUCCUCAGAGACCAUGAUUGAAAAACUGGCAGAAAUCCCAUGAGAACAGCAGAAUCUUAGUCAGGCUUAACUGGUUUCCCUCAUUUCACCUUCUGUUUCUCAAAUGAUCAUUGCCAGCUGUCUCGGGCAUGACCCCUCCAUGCCCUCUGACUCCAGUUAAAGGCUUCUUACACUGUUGCAGUCCAUGUGCGGUAGUAAAUGCCUUUGGUGAGAGAAUUCCAGGAUUUUGACCAGACUAUACUGAAGGAACGGCGAUAUAUUUCCAGGUCAGGAUGGUGAUUGGCUCGGAGGGGAACUUGCAGGGGCUGGUGUUCCCAUGUAUCUGCUGCCCUUGUCCUUCUGGAUGGAAGUGUUUGUGGGUUUAGAAGGUGCUGCCUGAGGGUCUUUGGUGAAUUUCUGCAGUGUGUCUUGUAGAUGGUACACACUGCGGGGACUGAGUGUUGGUGGGUGGGGGAGUGAAUGUUGAAAGUGAUCAAUGGGUUUUUGUCCCCACAGAAUUAGUUUGUUGUAAAUGAAAGUGUAGUGAGGUGGAGGUAGAGUUCCAGAAGCUUCUGAGUGAACAUUGCUCAUCAGGCCCUGCACUGAUGCACCUGUUGCAGUGGAUAGAAGAGUCUGACUGACACUUGUCAGUACAAAGGAACAUCAGCAUUAACCCUAACCUCAGUGUGAUUAUUCUGAGGGUGCUGGUGAAUGAUGUGUAUUACCAAAUAUUUAAUAACUGAAUUGUGUUAGGUGUUUUUGGGAUAGAGAGUGCCAAUGUGGUAAUGUCACUGGACAAAACAUUUAGAACCCCAGGCCAAUGCUCUGGGAACUUGGGUACAGCACCUGGUGAAAUUUAAAUAAUCAGUUAAUUAACAUGGAAUUGAAAGGUAAUUUCACCUGUGACCAUGAAACUAUCACCAGUUAUUGUAAAAAGCCAAUUUGGUUCACUAAUGUCUUUUGGGGAAAGAAGUCUGCCAUCCUCACCUUGUCUGGCCUACAUGUGACUCCAGACCCACAGCAAUGUGGUUCAGUCUCAGCUGCCCUCUGAAAUGGCCAAGCAAGACACUCAGUUGAAGGGCAGUUAGAAUGGACAAUUAAUGCUAGUCUUGCCAGGGAUGCCCAAAUCGCUCAAAAGAAAACUAACACUUUUUUUGUGUUGAGAACUAUACUGUUCUUUAUCUAGAUCCCAGCCUGGGAGACUGUGCAGAACAUCAUGGGUUGACAGCUUGGGAUAUCUGUGAUAGUCUUGUAUUUGAUAGCUUAGAUGAUUUUUUUCGCAGUUUUAUAAAUGUCGUACGUUACAGUACCUGAAUCCUAAGGUUGUGGGAAAAGCUACAGGGAGAAUUUAUGGGAAAUAUUUGUAAUGUUCAAGCAAAGCUCACCUUGAAUGUGCUGUGGAAGAGACAAAUAUGUCCCAUUCAGUCCGAAACAUUUUUAAACUCAUGGUGGAGUUGAGUGUUUAGGAAAUUCCAUUGCAGAGAUUCUGUUCUUACUGAAAGCAGUAAUGGACUUCAUAAUAAAUGUCAACUCUAAAUA